AUGGAUGUUUUUCAUCUCAUCCUGCAGGAUGAAGAAACACGGAAAGAUUACGACUACAUGCUGGAUCAUCCCGAAGAGUAUUACAGGCAUUAUUAUCACUACUACAGCAGGAGACUGGCACCUAAAGUGGAUGUCAGAAUAGUGAUUCUGGUUACAGUGUGUGCCAUCUCUGUGUUUCAGUUCUUCAGCUGGUGGAGUAGUUACAAUGAAGCUAUCAACUACCUAGCUACAGUGCCGAAAUACCGCAUUCAGGCUACUGAGAUUGCCAGGCAACAAGGUUUACUCAACAAGACUAAAGAAAAAGGCAAGAACAGGCGGUCUAAAGAAGAAAUUCGUGAAGAAGAGGAAGAAAUCAUCAAAGACAUUAUUAAAAACAAAAUAGAUAUAAAAGGCGGUUAUCAGAAGCCCAAGAUAUAUGAUAUACUUUUAUUUCAGAUCCUUCUCGCUCCUUUUUAUGUGGUCAAAUACAUAGCUUGGUGCUGUUGGUGGAUUUAUCGUUUCACUAUUAAAGGGCAAGAGUAUGGUGUGGAAGAGAAGCUGUAUAUCAUACGGAGGUACAUGAAAAUGUCUCAGUCUCAGUUUGACAGCCUGGAGGAUCAUCAAAAGGAGACCUUUCUUGAACGACAGCUGUGGAUACGAGAAAACUAUGAGGUCUACAAAAGAGAACAAGAGGAGGAGUUAAAGAAGAAGAUGGCCAUGGAUCCCCGAUGGAAGAGAUACCGGAGGUGGAUGAAAAAUGAAGGACCGGGAAGACUGACUUUUAUUGAUGAUUGAAAGUUGCUGAACAAAAUGUGUGCUAAAGUGAUUUGCAGAACUUUUCACUACAUCAUUCAGAGUUUUGUCUGCUGUGGCUCAGCAGUGAUCUAAAACUCAGGAAUUAUGAAAUCAGGCAGAAAAAUAAUACAGGUUUACCACUUUUGUAAGUCUGACCUAUUAAACAGGCUCAGCUCAAUGUAUAUACGCCAUUUACUUGGGGAUCUCAGUGUGGAAUUCAUUAUUCCAAACAAUGUAUUUUCUCUACAUAUUUCAUAUUCAUGGUCAAUGGAACCAUAACUUCAGUUUUUCUGAAAAUGUUUCUAGAUCAGCCCUUGAAAGCCUUGUUUUCCUUGUAUAAACUGAAGGGUUCCUGCAAAUGGACACUGGAAAUGCUCAUAAAGGAUUCUAAAGCAAGGGCCAUUUUCUGUUUUCUUCUCUCUUUCCCCUUACUUUUCAAUGUAAUUUCUAAGAUGCCAAACUGUUUUUUGAUGUAGACAAUAUGGGGAUUAUACCAGACUUGUUUUGCUAUUCCUGUUCCAGUUGGAAAUGAAUUUUAUUUUUUGUGGGAAUAAAUGGUGCAUGAUUGAUCAUCAUUGUGAUGCAAA